AUGGAUGUUCGUCAACCUAUAAGAGAGGCCACCAAUAACAGAAGGAAGCCGAAGUUUCUAAGCGUUUCGUUUAACCAAGAUGAUUCAUGUUUCAGUGUAGCCUUAGAGAAUGGAUUCCGCAUCUUCAAUACUGAUCCAUUGACCAACAAGCUAUCGAAGACGUUUAAGGACUCUUUGGCCAAUCAGUCCAGGGGUACCGGAAUAGGCUAUACCCGGAUGCUUUAUCGUACAAACUACAUUGCCCUGAUCGGAGGUGGUAAGAGACCGAGGCAUGCCCUAAAUAAGCUAAUCAUUUGGGAUGAUCUUUUACAAAAGGAGACAAUCACUUUGAAGUUUAUGUCAUCCAUAAAGGACGUCUUCCUUUCAAGGAUCCAUAUCGUAGUGGUGCUGGAGAACACCAUAGAAAUCUUCCAAUUUCAAACAAACCCACAAAGAAUCUGCCCCAUUCUGGAUAUUCCUUCCAAUGGGUCUGUAGACUAUGUGGUCUGUAGCAGCAAACAUCUUCAAUCGCAGAGCUCAUCGCAUGCGCAGUCCAAGAUUGUCGAAAUCAUCGCGUUUCCUUCAAAUAAGUGUAUAGGCCAAGUCCAGAUAGCCGAUCUAUCACAAUUAAAGCAUAAUUCUCAAAACCCAACGGAAUCUGCACUUUUGCCUACAUCCAUCAUCAAAGCCCAUAAAAACCAAAUCAAGUUGGUCAGAUUGAACCAUCAGGGCACCAUGGUAGCCACAUGUUCCGUCCAGGGCACCCUAAUAAGAGUAUUCAGUACUCACAAUGGCACUCUGAUCAAAGAGUUCAGAAGAGGCAUGGACAAGGCAGACAUUUACGAGAUGCGUUUUAGCCCCAACGGUAGCAAAUUGGCCGCAUUGUCAAAUAAGCAGACGUUACAUAUCUUUCAAAUUUUCGAAACGAACAAUACUGAAACAAACUCGCAUGACCAUUCGCAUGAUAAUGGCACAAGCCAUCCCCUGAAGAAUUAUAUACCGAAGGGUCUAUGGAGACCCAAAUAUUUGGACUCCGUGUGGUCAAUAUGUAAUGUUCAUUUGAAAAAUCCAGUGUUUGACGCUCAUCGAAGUGCUAAUAGCAAUAACGCGGCACACGAUGAUGAAUUUUAUAAGGACAGGUGCAAGAUUGGCUGGUGCCAAGAUACCAACAAUCAAGACCAGGACGAUUCGUUGGUACUGGUGUGGCAAAACUCAGGGAUAUGGGAGAAAUUUGUCAUUUUGGAAAAGGAACAAGAGGAAACGUCCAAAACGCAUUAUUCACUAAAUGAAAGUUUAAGAAACAGUGAUUCGAAACCAAUGCACGAAGCAACCAGAUGGGAGUUGGUUAGAGAAUCAUGGAGAGAACUCUAG